UUCAACGUGCUGCUCGUUUCUCAGCUCGAGCUCUCACUCCUCAACAAUGGGAGCAUCAUCAUCAAGGUCAACCUCAAUCAACUCCUAAUCCUCUCUCUUCCCUCUCGCUUGUUUGAUCUCAGCAUCCGACAAUGGCGAUCCCAUCUCGGGUCGAAUCGGUCGUCUCCUCCAUCGUCUCAGUCCAUCCCCACGAGAUCUCUGCCCUAGUCCACUCCUCCUCCUGCUUCUUCUUCAUUUUGAGCGCGUAUUUUGUGAUAUUGCCUCUGCGAGAUGAUGGGGCGAUCUCGUUAGGGUUGGGGAAUCUUCCAAGUUUGUUCGUGGGUUCGCUUGUUUUGACUCUCAUUGCUGCUCCGCUUUCGACCCUUUUCUUUUCUCUGCCCAAUUUGUCUAAAUCGAGGGCAUUGGUUUUGAUACACAGAUUUUUUAGUGUAUCCCUUCUCCUAUUUUUUGUUCUUUGGUUUACAUCUUCAGCCGGACGACUGCCUCCCAACCCCAAGGUCUCAGUUUUGCAUGGAUCGAUAGUUGAGGGUACGAAAGACAAUACUGCUGUAGGCAAUCCUACUGAGUCUGCUGGAUGGGGAAACCAUGGCUGGUUUUACAUUUCAGUCAGGAUUGGGUUUUUCCUAUGGGUUGCCUUGCUUAAUCUUAUUACAAUCUCUUCAACAUGGGCCCGAGUAAUUGAUAUUAUGGAUAAUGAGUCAGGUUCAAGAUUGUUCGGCUUUGUUGGUGCCGGAGCUACACUUGGGCAGCUUUUUGGUUCAUUAUUUGCAGCAAGCAUGGCUCGUUUAGGACCAUUUUUACUACUAUUUUCUGCUCUGUUAAUGGAGCUUGCUGCGCAAUCAUCAAAGGGAAUCAACCUUGAUACAUGCCAUGGUGAAGAAUUAUCUUCCAUUAGAGAAGAUAAUCAACAUAUUGAGGCUGAUGAUGAGCUAUCAUCUGUCCCUGUGGAGUCUUCUCCAAAAUCACCUACAUAUAUGGUGAAACCCAAUCUGUGGAUCAUGCUAGAAGGGCUGCAGCUGAUACUUUCAUCAACAUAUCUCCUAUAUGUCUCCUUAUUUCUGUGGCUGAGUGCAGUUAUCUCUUCCUUCUUCUAUUUUCAGAAAGUAACGAUAAUUGCCAUUACUGUCACAAGCCAUGUUGCUCGAAGAAGAUUGUUUGCACUGAUAAACAGUGUCAUUGCUGUUUUCAUUCUUGCUGGACAACUCUCUGUAACGGGUCGUAUCCUGACAAUUGCUGGUGUUACUUUUGCUAUAUGUUCAUCCCCAUUUGUUUCUAUGUUAAAUAUGGUUGCUCUAGCUUUUUGGCCCACAUGGAUUGCUGUUGCUAUCUCUGAGACUCUUCGGAAGGUAACUACCUAUGUUGUAACAAGACCAGGAAGGGAACUCUUGUUCACUGUUGUCUCUCAGGAUGAAAAGUACAAAGCCAAGGUCUGUAUAGAUGUCAUUGUCCAAAGGCUGGGUGAUGCUGCUGCUGCUGGAAUAUAUAAGUUGCUUGUUGGCAACCUUGACAAGCGUCCAUCUUUGGUAUCUCUAUAUGCACUACCGCUAUGUUUCGUGUGGAUAGUCACAGCGUUGCAUCUGGGGAGACGUCAAACAAACCUGGCUAAGCUCCAAGCUGUUUCUGCGCUCUAACUCCUCCGUUUAGACUCCAACGAGGGACACGUCUUGAGGUCUGAAGAAAUUGAAAGAUACGAUAUACUUGCUCAACAUAGAGCACAUGAGAAACAACAACAGUGUAACACUAGAAAAGGUAAUAUGUAAUACUGAUUGUAGUUCAACCGUGUUUUUUUAUACACAAAUGGAAUACAUUUGCCAUUUUUUUUUUAAUUUAAAAGAAAAACAGAGCCCCGAAUUCAUGUCCAA